ACACACUGUAAUCUUCAAGAACAACCAUGCGCAUAGAAAAGUUUCCCUUAUCUCCGCCUGGCUUGGAAGAGCUGGUAGCUAAACUUCAAGCACCCUUGGCAGCCAAUUAUGAGCACUCCACAGUGAGUGUUGUGUCCUGCCCGGAUCUUCGGCAAGCGCCCUACCAUCUAGCUACCGAGGGGUUAUCAGGAGAUGAGAAGAUAGCAGAUGUAGGAGGUCAACCGAAUUUGUUCCCGCGCCCAAAGAUGGAUUGCGUUUGGUCCAUGACUGAGCUUGCAGAGGCUAUGGACAUGGAUCCUGCGAAGGGGGGAUUACUUGGUGCUGGAGCUGGCCCGCAUCCCGUUAUCGGGCAGAACUGUGAACUUGCGCCAAAUAUUGGCUGGCAAGGUAGCUUUGAGAAUGUCAAGAAUGAGAGUCGCUAUGCAAAGAUCGACAAGGAGACAAGCGCUGUGCAUGUCGACAAGAGUCCUUCUUUGGACUGCGCCUUGAUGAUCAACUUGUUCGGCUCCUCAGGCAAUCCGGGACCUGUGAUCAAGAUCACAGCUCGAAAGAGGACCGGCUCUGAAAGAAGUUUUGCAGAGUGUAUCCGAAAAGGUCUCCGUCAAGCCUACGGUGAUGAGCAGACUGUCAGUCUCGGUGGACUCUUCUUGGUCAAAAAAGGCAAGGCAAAAUACCAUAUCAUGCCUGACUUCCCCGCCGAGAAAGAUUUGCCAUUCAAUAAUCGCAAAGAUGUUGAUAGUUGGUUGACCUUUCACGACUAUGAUGCACCAAUGCUUUGUUUGUCAGUCCUGCAUUCGGCCGAUCGUGAAGGAAGGAUGGGUUUGCGGAUUGAGCAUACACAUUGUUACGCUACAGACGGAAAAAAUGCUGGAGGCCAUUAUCAUUAUGAUUUGGACGAUACGGAGGAUGCUAUUGAGUAUGAGGCGUAUUUCAAUACUGCCAAAAUGAUAUAUCGACUAGACAGGCCAAAUUGAUUCUGGUGAGCUUACCCUGAACCUGCCAG